UGUUCUUUUUCUUAUUUUCCUUUCUUGAAAAACAACAAAGCUCAUUCUCUCCGCAAAGACAAAAAAGAAUGGAGAACAUUGACGAUUUCUCACCGGAAAAAGUCUCAGGACCACCAGCACCACCAACACCUCCUCCGGUAAAAUCAAUGGAUCUGUUUAUGAAAAGAAGCAAUAGUUUUGUUUCUAAAGCUACAAGAGAUUCAUGGGAUCGUAUGUUUGAUGAAGCUCAUGGAGCUGAUGUUUUGAUUCAUACUGAUGAUGAUGGUUUGAUCUACGCGCAUUCUAAUGUCAUCGGAAUGGCUUCAGAUGUAAUCAGAGGAAUGAUGAAGCAAGAUAAGAGAAAAUCUCAUCGUAAAUCAAUCUCAAUCCUCGGUGUUCCUCACGACGCUGUUCGAGUUUUCAUUCGAUUCUUAUACUCUUCUUGCUAUGAGAAACAAGAUAUGGAAGAUUUUGCAAUGCAUCUACUUGUGCUAUCACAUGUCUACGUGGUUCCGCAUUUGAAAAGAGUCUGCGAAUCAGAAUUCGAAAACAUUUUGCUCAACAAAGAGAAUGUGAUUGAUGUGUUUCAGCUAGCUCUUCUCUGUGAUGCUCCUCGUCUAGGUCUUCUCUGUCACAGAAUGAUUCUAAAGAACUUUGAAGAAGUUUCUACUUCUGAAGGAUGGCAAGCAAUGAAAGAGAGCCAUCCUAGACUUCAAAAAGAGCUUUUACGCUCUGUCGCUUACGAGCUUAAUAGCUUGAAGCAAAGAAACAGGAAACAGAAAGAGAUACAGACUUACACACAGCUAUAUGAAGCAAUGGAAGCUUUUGUCCAUAUAUGCAGAGAUGGAUGCAGAGAAAUAGGUCCAACAAAGACCGAAACCCCGCAUGUCUCGUGUGGAUUUCAAGCGUGCAACGGUUUAGAGCAGCUAUUGAAACACUUGGCGGGAUGCAAACUAAGAUCAAUCCCUGGUGGUUGCAGCCGUUGCAAGAGAAUGUGGCAGCUUCUUGAGCUUCAUUCGCGUAUUUGCGUAGACUCGGAACAAUGUAAAGUCCCUCUUUGCAGUAGUUUGAAGGAGAGGAUGAAGACACAGAGCAGGAAAGAUGAGAAAAGAUGGAAACUUUUAGUGAAGAAUGUUUUGAGCACCAAGAGAAUUGGAGGAUCGCCAUUCUUUUUGCAGGCUAUUGAUGUUACUUUAUGAAAUUAUUUUAUCGCUUUUAGAUAUAGAGAUUGCAUAUUUAUACAUUGUACAUAGGUUGCAGAUUCUUUGUAAAGAUAGAUCCGAGGUUCAAAAUUUCA